UAAUUCCAGAUAGCUAGUGAGUACUUUCACUGAUUGUCCGGUUCUUCCUGCUUCUCCUUCGCAUACGUAACAAGGAUCCAGGACUAUAUAAGCAUCCUGCAGAUGCCCAGAGUAACCAUAUUCCUCCAAACACUCAGGCACCAUGAAGAUUUACUUGAAGGUAUUUGUGAGCCUUUGCUUGGCGAUGUCCUCGCUGGGCGCUCCGAAUCUUCUAGAAGGCGGGCAUCACAACCAUGAGCACCACAAUCAUGGCCAGCCUCAUGAACACAGUCAUGACCAGCCUCAUGAACACAGUCAUGACCAGCCUCAUGAACACAGUCAUGACCAGCCUCAUGAACACAGUCAUGACCAGCCUCAAGAACAGCCCCAUCAUGCUCAUGACGCCUCACAACCGCCGUCAGUCUACUUCAUUCCUGCCCCUCUGACUCCGUCUGAGCCCCACGCGCACGCAGACCACGCUCAAGGAGCUCCGGAGGCGAAGGCAGAGCCAGAAGGAAAAGCCGAGUACUCGUUCGAAUACGUCGUGAAGGAAGAAGCAACCGACUUCAGCGCGCAGGAACACCGUGAUGGGGAUAAGACGGAGGGAUCCUACCAGAUCCUGCUUCCCGACACCCGCGUGCAGAAGGUCACGUACAUCGUCGACGGUGACUCGGGCUUCGUGGCCGACGUCAUUUACGAGGGAGAGGCGAAGGAACACGGCGACCAGCUUCACACUUCGGCUGCGGUUGACAUCCGUUCGGUCUAUGCUGCUCCUCACCACUCGGCUUGAGAUCGACACGUUGCUGAUUCAAUUCUAGUUGAAGGAAGCAUGCUGAAACAGUUGUGAAAAAGUAAAGGGGGAAAAAAAACAAGAAAACACACGAAUAUGCCUGUUUGAGUGCGUUAUUUUGUUUGUUUUUUUCACUUCGUUGCAUUAUUUACUUCAUCUUCACUAUUUAUUGAACUUCUAUUUCCACUCACAUUCUAUCAUAUUCUCGACAAUUGUAUUGAAAAGUUCAUCUGCAGUAAAUGAUCGUAGUGUUCUGAAUGGAAAUACAGGAAAUAACAAUAACAAUGAAUAAAGCAAGUUAUUUACAUUAAAAAAACGCACAGA